CAUUUUGUUUAUAGUACAUCAAGUGGCGGAACGUGUGGAGUCCCUUGGCCAGUUUGUCAUGAAAAACAAGGAGGACAUUGAAGGGUCAUGGCAAUAAAGUUCUGUGCAUGGAUUGGUGUAAAGACAAGCGGAGGAUUGUGAGCUCAUCCCAGGAUGGAAAAGUGAUUGUCUGGGAUGCUUUUACAACAAACAAGGAGCAUGCAGUUACCAUGCCUUGCACCUGGGUAAUGGCCUGUGCCUAUGCACCAUCUGGCUGCGCCAUUGCAUGUGGGGGUCUGGACAAUAAGUGCUCUGUAUACCCUCUGACAUUUGAUAAGAAUGAAAACAUGGCUGCCAAAAAGAAGUCAGUUGCUAUGCAUACCAACUAUCUGUCUGCUUGCAGCUUUACCAAUUCAGAUAUGCAGAUCCUGACAGCCAGUGGAGACGGUACAUGUGCUCUCUGGGAUGUGGAAAGUGGACAGCUGCUGCAGAGUUUUCAUGGACAUGGCGCUGAUGUUUUGUGUCUGGAUCUGGCACCUUCUGAAACAGGAAAUACCUUUGUGUCUGGAGGAUGUGACAAGAAAGCUAUGGUAUGGGACAUGAGGACUGGUCAGUGCAUUCAGUCAUUUGAAACCCAUGAAUCUGAUAUCAACAGCGUCAGGUAUUACCCCAGUGGAGAUGCCUUUGCCUCAGGCUCUGACGACGCCACGUGUCGUCUGUAUGACCUUCGGGCAGAUAGAGAAGUAGCCAUCUAUUCUAAGGAAAGCAUCAUAUUUGGAGCAUCGAGUGUUGAUUUCUCCUUGAGUGGUCGCUUACUGUUUGCUGGAUACAACGACUACACAAUCAAUGUUUGGGAUGUUCUAAAAGGCAGUAGGGUGUCCAUCUUGUUUGGUCAUGAGAACAGAGUCAGCACUCUACGUGUGUCUCCAGAUGGGACUGCAUUCUGCUCAGGGUCAUGGGAUCACACUCUAAGGGUAAGUUUUAUGUCCUGCUGA